CUCGCCCGCCCGCUCUCGCCGCGCAUGCGCUCUGCGGCCAGCAUGAGGGUCGCGGCCCUGAUCAGUGGUGGGAAGGACAGCUGUUAUAAUAUGAUGCAGUGUAUUUCUGCGGGGCAUCAGAUUGUUGCUUUAGCAAACCUAAGACCAGAUGAGAACCAAGUUGGGACUGAUGAACUGGAUAGCUACAUGUAUCAGACAGUGGGCCAUCACACCAUUGACUUAUAUGCAGAAGCAAUGGCCCUUCCCCUCUACCGCAGGACCAUAAGAGGCAAGAGCUUGGAUACAGGACACCUGUACUCCAAAUGUGAAGGUGAUGAGGUUGAAGACCUCUAUGAGCUUUUGAAACUCAUCAAGGAAAAAGAAGAAGUAGAGGGGAUAUCAGUGGGAGCCAUACUUUCUGACUAUCAGCGUGUUCGAGUGGAAAAUGUAUGCAAAAGGCUAAAUCUGCAGCCAUUAGCUUACCUUUGGCAGAGGAACCAGGAGGAAUUGCUCCACGAGAUGAUCGAAUCUGAUAUUCAAGCUGUGAUCAUCAAAGUGGCAGCUUUGGGUUUAGAUCCAGAUAAGCAUCUUGGUAAAACCCUGAAUGAAAUGGAGCCUUAUCUCUUAGAGCUUUCUAAGAAGUACGGAGUCCACGUGUGUGGAGAAGGUGGAGAAUAUGAGACGUUCACUUUGGAUUGCCCUCUAUUUAAGAAGAAAAUAAUUGUGGAUUCCUCGGAGGUAGUCGUCCACUCAGCCGACGCCUUUGCACCUGUUGCCUAUCUACGCUUUUUAGAAGCACACUUGGAGGACAAGGUGUCUCCUGUUCCUGACAACUACAAAACAUCCAGUGAUAUACACAAUUCAUGAAAAUGAUACAGCAUUUUUAAAUUAUGCCAGACUUUUCCCAUUCCUUUUUUUAACCUAGAAAACUAUACUUUUUAAAGAAGAACUUGAUAGAGCCAUUGAUCAAAUGUAAUAACAUCAGUAGCUUACUCACUCCUAUUGAGCACUUCCUUUGGGUUUGCCCUUUCUCUGUAUUUAACACGCCCCCUCUAUGGCCACUUUCUGGUAUGUGUCUCUUUCACUCCUAUCCAGCCCUCAUUUGUGUAGCAUGUUUUUCAGAACUCUCUUUUUCUUCCUUCUCUCUUCCUUCCACCCAUCUCUGGUGUUACAUCCGAGUGAAGAGCAAUUCAAGUAUAGAAAUAUCUAUUGAGUGUCAAUUUUGUGUUUAACAUGUGCAUGGUUUGUGCGUUUCAGCAUUCCUAGACAAUCAGGAAGAAUACCCUAACUUUUCCUGUUCGUGUGAGAAGUCCUUUUAAGUAACAGUUUAAUAAAUUUACUUACAUUGACCUUAGACAGAUUCCUUUUAAAUAAUGGACUUGUUUUUACCAAUAGCUUUUGAUUCCCAGCAGAAUUGAGUAGAGAGUGGAGUGCUUUCUACUCAAGUAUACGCCCUCCCUCUGCAGAAGCACAGCCUCUUUGCUACCAUUGUCCUACCCCAGAGUGGUACAUAGCUUACCACAGAGGAGCUUACGUUUAUGCAUCCUUGUCAUCAAAAGUCUCUAGUCUACAGUACAGUUCGAAAUUGGCAUUUUGGAUGUGAAAAGUGUCUAGUGAUGCACAUUCACAGUUGUAAUGUCACACAAAACACUUCUACCUAAAACCCUCUGUGCUCUCCCUGUUCAUUCCUCCCUCUGCAUUCUCCCCUGGCAAUCUUUGUUUGCUUUUCUAACUCUGUAGUUUUACCUUUUCUGGAAUGUCAAGGAGUUGAAAUCCUACACUAUGUAGCCGUUUCAGAUUGGCUUUGCUUCAUCUAUUGGUGUGCUGAUGGUUCCUUGUGUCUCAUUAUGCUUGUGAGCCUGUUUCUUGUUGCUGCACAGGCAUUCUAUUGUCUGGGUAUGUAAAAGUUGAUUUCAUCCACUCAUCUCCUGAUGGACAUCUUGGUUGCGUCUACAUUUUGACAACUAUGAGUAAGCUGCUCUAGUGCUUGUCUUGGCAUAGUCUAAGUUCUCAAUUCACUUGUGUAGCUACAAAGGAACAUGGUUACUAGAUUGUAGAAGUGCGAGAGUAGAGUUCAGCUUUGGAAGAAGCUGCUGAGCUGUCUUCUGUCACAGCUCUACUAUUUGGCUUCCCAGGAGUAAUGAGUGAACGCUUUUCUCCCACACCUCCCCAGCUUGGGGUGUUGCCCAUGUGCAAUGGUAUCCAGUGAUUUAUUUUGUUGAGCAUCAUUGCAUAUUUUAUUUUCCACAUGUGUUACUUCUUUGCUGAGAACUCUUUCUAGAUCUUCAGCCAGUUUUUAAAUUGUGUUUUUAUUUUCUUAAUAUGCUUUUUAGAGUUCUUCAUAUAGUGUACAUAAUAGCUCUGUAUCAGAUGUCUUUUGCAGAUAUUUUCUCCCAAUCUAUCAUUUGUCCUUUCAUUCUCUCUGCUGGUGUUUAUAACAAACCAGAUAUUUUUCAUUUUCAUGAGAUCAACUUACCAGUUAAUAGUUUCAUGAGCCAUGCCUUUUCUGUAUCUAAAAAGCCUUUGCCAAAUUGAAGGCCACCUAGAUUUUCUCUUGUAUUGUAUCUGCGAGUUAAGUUUUGCAUUUUACUUUUAAUUAUAUGAUCUGUUUUGAGAUAAUUUUUGUGAAUAAUAUGAAAUCUCUCUACAUAUAGAUUCAUUCAACAAUCAUUCUUACAGCAUUUAUUGUAAGGAGUUUCUUUGACUCUGCUACAUUGUUCUCUUCUCUAGGGCAUUUGUGUGGUCUAAUUUUGGCUCUUUGUUCUCUUAAUCUACUGGUCUGUUUUCUGCCAAUACAACACUGCCCUACUAUAACUGUACAGUAAGCCUGAAAUUUACAUCGUGUCAGAGUUUGUUGUUGUCCACCGGGCACCUUGCUGGGAUUUUGAUCAAGUUGGGGGUAACUGAUAUGUUGAUAAUAUUGAGUCUCCCUGUCGAAGAACAUAGUAUACAGUUCCACUUAUUAGUUCUUACAUUUGGUGUCUAUUUAAUUUAUUUAAUUCUUAGGAAUCUUAUUUAGGUCAUCAAAGUUUUGUUUAGGGGUGUUGUUAUAACCUAACAUGUAAAAUAUGGGCCCUGCCAUUAUGCACAAAGCUGAACUCAUUUCAUCCUCCAAAUGUAUUUUUCUCCACUUUGUUAUUUAGUAUAGCUGUUACUCCUUAGAAGCUCAGGCAAAAAUUAUAUUGGCAUCAUCCAUUAACCCACCUCUCAUUUACUAGACAUCCACUUAAUUAUAUAAUCCUUUAUAUUGUAGCUCUAAUAUUUCUUACACCAGUCUCUCCCAUUAAAGUUGUAUUUUGCCCAAAGUUCUUUGAGUUGUCUAAUUUUACAAUCUUAAUAUUCAAUUCCACUGCCAUAUUGAUUUUCCUUUCUUCUAUUUGUUCCUGUACACAAUUCCACAAUACUGUCACAUUAUUUUCUAAAUUGAGUAAAUAAUUAGCUAUCAAUUGGAGGCCAUGUAAUACAUUGCUGUAAUAAAUAACUUUCUUCAGUCCUUUUUGUCAGGGUUGUCUUGGAUGUAUUCUUCGCUCUAAGAAUGUAAACCAUUGGAUAUCAUGUCUUGUCUUCCUUCCCUUUGCGUGUUCUGUUUUCUCCAGUUUGCUUUCUUCCCUUUCCUUACCUGUGUACACCUACUCACGAUGCAGGAUUGAAUUCAAAUACUGUUAUACCUCUAGUCAUACAGUUAAACUACGCUAACAAGUUCUUUCUUCACUUUUUGUUACAAAUAAUUUUAUUUGGCUUUAUGUCAUGGCUGAUUAAGCUGGCCGUUUCUGCUGGGCACUACAUUAGUGACUGCUCAUUUCUUCAGGACAGCACGUAACGACUGGCUGUUCCUGCUGGGUGGCUCUUUUUUUUUGAGGACUGCUGUUUCCUUC